UUAAAAGAGCAGAAUAUUGGGUUGCAUAUUUCACAAUUCAGGAAGGUUCUUCCAACUCUCAAUUCGUUCCUGUUGCAUUUAAACUGUGCUAACUUGAAGACAGCCUUCACAAUAUUACAUAAUUGCUAUCAAGUGUGGUCUCGAAUAGUUCUUCGCAGAGUCCAUCUACCGAUUAAUUAGAGACAGGGGAAGAAAAAUUGGGAUUAACCCACUGGCAAAGCGGCUUAGAAGUUUUUAGCAUUAUUCGACCCCCCGGUCAUGCAGAAGAGUAACAUUCGCAUGGUGUUGUUGGUGGCAGGGGGAGCAGGGGUCGCCCUGAGCCAGUUCGCCUCCGAGUACAGAGAAAUAACAGGGGAGAGACUGUUGGACCCCCCUGUCACAGAAGAACGGGUGCUUGAAGUGAUGUGUUCCAUGCCAGAUGUAGUACAUGUGGACAGAGACUGUGAGGGACAGGUGGUGUUGGUGGCCCGAGAACACGCCAUCACACAGCAGCAGCACCAUAGUCGGCAGCAGGAGGGGCAAAGAGAAGAAGAACAAGAAGAAGAAGAAGAAGAAGACGAAGAAGAAAAGAACGAAUACGAUGCAACACAAAGAACAGCCGCCAACAGAUCAGUUUGAGGAAGCCUAGAGUGAACUAAAUUUGAAAAAAAAAUCAUUAUUUUGUUUUCAUUAUGAUUGAGUAACUUUUUAACCAGCCAAAACCCAAAACGAGCGGUGAAGAUGUUGCCGCUUGCUGAUCUUAAAUCAGCCCUUUGAGUUUUGAGUAACGGCUUUGUCAAUUCCAAGCAAUUUUUUACCCAGUGGAAUUUUGUGAGGAGGCGGCAAUUUUUCAGAAAAGUUGUCGAACUUUUUCUUGAGACUGAAUUCGACUAUGAUUGUAAAAGAAAUAAGUCAUACCAGUGGCAAUU